AUGGUAAUAAAUCCAUCACAAUUUGUAAGGAAAUCCAAUCCCUUCGCCAAAUGCGGAAGGAUAGGAUAUCAGGGCGAGAUUUUUCGGAAAGUGAUGGAAUACAGCAAUAGGUACCCCCCAAAAAAGGAGGGAAGCCGAGGUCCCAAGCGGGUGCAGGGGGACUGGGUGCCAGCGUCGCUGGAGCUGUGGUCAGGAAGAGAAGAGGGAGACCGGGGAAACCUGUUCUGUGAAGUUGGAGGUCCAGCGAUGGAAUUUGCAGGAAAUUUUGACGUUCAGAUAGUGACCAUACAUAGAGGGGAGGAAAUCCUUGCCAAGCUAUCAGAUUUGAUUGAACCGGGCACUCGUUCGAUCUCCAUACUUUCGGCAGCUCGUUCUGUCUCCAGUGCCGUCGUGUGCCAGCUCGGGCCUCCGGCUGGUCUUUUGACUUACGAGGGGUGUUUCGAAAUUCUGGCCCAAAGUGGCUCAUUUACAAUUUGGGAAGGUAGAAUUUGUACGCGCCCUGAAGUUAGCUUGGUCAGUGUCAUGCUCACAAGGCCUGACGGUCAGGUUUUUGGCGGUGGCGUUGCGGGUCCAUUGACAGCUGCUGGCCCUACUCAGAUUGUAGUCGCCACUUUUAAGAAUGUUGUGCACAAUGAGCCUAUAAGAGUGGAUUCCACCAAUCCUCAUUCAAGGGCAGCUAUUGGUAUCUCUGCAAAUCCAAUUCAUGAAGUGAGACAGCCUGAGCAAAUUGCAAGAAUGGCAGAAGUGGAUGACAAUUCUGGCACUCCUACCUCUGUGCUGCUGGAGCCAACUGACAAGGAAGCAAAGACUAUCACUUCUGGAAACAAUGAUGUGAACCCUGCUUCUCUGCGCAUUGAUGAGCAUUAUCCCUUGGGACUGGUGGAGCGAAUGUUGGAUCGGAACAUGCCCACAGACACCAAUGCCAAUGUCCCUGAACUGUGA